AUGUUGAACAAAAGGUUUAAUGAGAAUACUAGUAUAAGUAUUCAAGGUGUUAAUCCGGGUUUGGGUUCACGAGAUGAAAAUAACAAUUCAUCACAAACAUCCGGAAAAGUUAUUUUAAAAAGACAACAAUUACUUGCCUGCCCUUAUUUGCAAGUCGACGAACAAAUCAAAUUAUUAAAUUUACAGAAAAAUUGUAUUACAAAAAUUGCCAAUCUUGAACAUUUAAUAAGUUUAGUAGUGUUGGAUUUAUGUGAAAAUGAAAUUGAACAAAUAAGUGGACUCGAUUGUUUAAUAUCAUUAAGAAUUUUAAGAUUAGCUAAUAAUAAAAUUCGACAAAUUCGAAAUUUAGAUAACCUUAGAAAUCUUGAUGUUUUAGAUUUAAAUGGAAAUCAGAUUUCUCGAAUUGAAAAUUGUAAAAACUUAACACAAUUGAGAGUGCUGAAUUUGGCAUUUAAUCGAAUUGAAAAAUGUGAAAAUAUUAAAAGUCUACAAAAUUUAGUUGAAUUGAAUUUGCAAGGAAAUCUAAUUACAUCAGUGACGGAUCUUGAUUCAUUGCCAAUUCAACGGCUAUUUUUAAGUUUCAACAAAAUCAGACGAUUUGACGAUAUUCGUUGUAUAUCAAAAUUAACACUAUUAGAGUGUUUAAGUCUUGAAGGUAAUCCAUUAGCAUUUACGGCUGCUUAUGAACAAAUUAUUUUAUCCCAGUCAACAAACGGUACUAAACCACAUGAACAACAACAACCACGUCAAACAGAUCAACGCAUAAAUCGUGUUGUACGCUUGAAAGCGCCACCUGGAUUGACAAAAGCGAGCACGUCUGAUUCAAAUAUAAAUAAUAUAGAGCGAAACAAUUUGGCUCAAUUUCAAAAUCAAUCUAAUUCACAGUCACAACAAGAUUCACAGAGUGAAAGAAGCGAUACAGAAUUUGAUACGAAUACAACAAAUUUAAAUAGAACUGCACCACAAGUGUUAAAUCGAACAACAUCAAGUAUGCAACCACAAAGAAAUCUGAUGACUUCUAAUAAAAUUCCAAAUGCUGUCGAAAGUCCAAAUUCUUUAUCAACUGAAAAAUUGAAUCCUAUAAUUCACGAACGUUCUUUGUUGGCAAAAAAUUUGGUUCAACAAUCAAUUAAGGAGGCAUUUCAAAAAGAAGCUUCAACUAUUGAAUUGACACAAUUUUGGCCAGUAUUAUUUACUCAGAUAACAAACGAAGCUCUACGAAACUGA